AUGGACCUGUUACAAGUUGAAGGCUUUCAAAACUUACUAACUGGUCUUGAUAAAUUUUUUGAAGAGGAAUCAGUAAUGUCCCUAAACAAUGAUAAUCAUAUGGAGAUAUUUUCUUCUGCUUCUUUAGAAAAUACUGAUAUAAUUCGAGCUACAUCAAGCUUUCAUGAAAGCCUGAUGUUUUCUAAUGUUAUUGUAAAAAGAAGUAGUGAAGAAGAAGAAAUAUUUUG